AUGAGUCUAAAGAAAUGCCGCAGGGAUCUCCGCGAAUACAAUAUUCCACUAGCAACCUUGCUGAGCGAAGACGGGACUCGCACGUCUUCUCCUCGUGAGAUGGAAAUCAUUACGGAGAGGUUCUACUCGAACCUUUUCCGUUCAUCAACUCCUGUGUCAAGUCCAAUCAUCCCCACUGGCGAAGCUCCACUACGGAUUCUCCCUUCGGAAGUACGAGUCGCUACCAAGAGCAUGGAACCUGGCACAGCCCCCGACCUGAUUUUAUAUCAGCAGACUUUCUUCGGGCUGGUGGCCAUCCGCUUCAUGUAA